ACGCAGUAUUGUAUAUAUAACGCAGCGAUACUCGAGGGUAGACACAGUUCGAACUCAGACACUGCACAUCCUCCCCUAAACGAACAACCAUGAACAACAAGAUUGUAGUAUUCAUCUGCAUGAUGGGCGUAGCUGCAGCUAGUGUCGUUGCCCCAGUACCAGUAGCACGCGUCGAUCCGUUCCCUCAAUAUUCCUAUGGCUAUGAUGUCCAGGACUCUAUCAGUGGCGACUACAAAGGUCAUCAGGAACAAAGGAACGGCGAUGUUGUCACAGGUUCAUACUCCGUAGUCGACCCCGAUGGUACGAGAAGGAUCGUCGAUUAUGCUGCUGAUUCCAUUAACGGUUUCAACGCAGUGGUCCGUCGCGAACCUCUCGUAGUUGCUGCACCAGCUAGAGUGAUAGCUCCAGCUCCACUUGUUGCCCCCGCUCCGGCUGUUCCUGCCCCAGUAGUGGCCAGGGCACCUAUCUACGCGCCAGCACCUGCACCCCUCCUAGCUCCGAGGCUACCCUAUUAUUACUUCUAGAUAAAAUAAUACAAUUUUGUUGUGUUGAUGUAUAUACCUAUUAAUGAAUAAGGCUUUUUAUAAUUGUUAUUUAUGUUAUUAAAUGAAUUGAAUAUUA